AUGGCGACAAUGGGAGGCGUCGUCUGCCGCUGGUGCAUGCGGGCUCCACAGGCGUGGACAAUGGGAACGGGAGCAGGCGCGGCGGGCGCUGUUCCAGGGCCGGGUCACCUCGUCUCGGAAGUUGUCCGCAGCGCCGCCCCCAUUGUAGCCGCAUGGCAGCCGCAGCCACCGCCGACAAUAAAAAUAAGAAGUCUAAGCAGCUCACAACAAACGCCUCCCAUCGCUCGGGAGGAGGGCGGCAGCCCCACGCUCUCCCCGCCACCGCUGACGCCACCACCCGCACCGCCUCCGACGAACGCAGCGGCGGCGGCUACGCUUCUUUUCUUCCGCGGACUCCUCCGCCUCCACCUGCAACUUCAUUACAAAAGCGGGUCUUCCCCGCCGGCGGCGAGGGGGCGUGGCCGGCGGCGCGGCGCGCUGCCAACGAACGCGUCGUCGGUCCCGCCCCGCUGCGUGCUAUUGGCCGUGACGUCACGGCGGGGCGCGCUGGUGGGGAGGCCGCGGGUGCAGGCGCGCGCUCGGGCGCAGUGCUCCUCUGGCGCGCGUACAAGGCGCGCGUUUGAGCCAUGCCUCGCUCGUAGUGACGCGCCGUGCCAGUGCAGUGACCGACCGUGCGUGGCCAGCUUAGCUCAGCUCGGCCCCUCUCCCGCCGCCGACCGACGCCGCCGUGCGUCCCCGCUGCUACCGUCCGGAGACAACGCAGCCGCCACCACGGAGCUGGAUCUGCACCAGAGGGCCACCGGUCACCUCAUGAGGGCGGCCGGUGCGAUGUGCGAGCCGGUGGGCUACGAGGCGCUGGGCGCGCGCCACGGGCCGGCGCUGCCCGCCGUCUCUGCGCAGCCGCACUCCGCUGCCGCCGCCGCCGCCGCCGCCAAGAAGGCGCAGGACGACCACAUCAAGCGGCCCAUGAACGCCUUCAUGGUCUGGUCGCGCCUCCAGCGCCGCAAGAUCGCCCAGGAGAACCCCAAGAUGCACAACUCGGAGAUCUCCAAGCGACUCGGCGCGGAGUGGAAGCUCCUGUCGGAGGACGAGAAGCGGCCCUUCAUCGACGAGGCGAAGCGGCUGCGCGCCAUGCACAUGAAGGAGCACCCCGACUACAAGUACCGGCCGCGGCGGAAGCCCAAGACGCUGCGCAAGGAGGGCUACCCCUACUCCAUUCCCUACCCCUCCGUGCCCAUGGACGCCCUCAGAGCUGGCAUGGCGGCGAGCCAGAUGGGCCAGGUGGGCUCCUACUACUCGCCGGCGGCCGCCUACGGGUCGCUGAGCGCCGCCUCCAUGGCCGCCGCCGCCGCCGCUGCCGCCGCGCAGCAGUCCGCCAUCUCCGGGCUCUCGGCGCCUGCACAGGUGGUGAGCUCGAUGGACGCGAUGAAGUACUCGAUGGAAGCGGACAAAUACCGGUCGGCGUACAUGCCGCCCAUCUCGAUGUAUUCGGCGGACCCCAAGUCGUACAUGGAGCGUGGCGGCGGCUAUUUGGACCACACAUCGGCGCUCACCAAGGCCUACUUCGAGUCUUCCAAGAUGUACGUCGAGACCGGCCGCUACGACGCAGAGGCGGCCGCAGCCGCUGCAGCUGCGCAUCAGCGGUACGACGUGUCGAAAAUGUACGGCACGGCCCCCGAGAGCCACCCCUCGCCGCGGACGCCGACCGAGUCUCCGACAGAGAGCAAGGUGGGCGCUGCAGGCGGCCUGCUGUCGGGGGCGGUCGACCGCCAAGACGGGGGCGGGGCACCCGCCUCCUCGUCCUCGGGCUCCUCGGCGGCGUCGCCGGGUCUGGGCUACUACCACCACGGCGGGGGCGGCAUGCCCGGCCUGCUGCCCAUGGCGCAGUACAGCGGUCACUACCACCAGGCGGCGGCGGCGGCUGCGGCGGCCGCGGCCGCGGCGGCCUCCGGGGGCGGCUCCGCGGGGGGGCUAGCCCGGCGCAGACUCGGCCGAGCUCGCGGCCUCUUGGCUGUGAGCCGUGAGCGGAGGGGCGGAAGAGCUGUCGUGCUCGUCCUGUCGCCCACACCCGACACCAGCACCGUGACCUGCAGCCGUCUGGAGCCUCCGAAGGCGCGUCGAUGCACGUGGCCCGGCUCUCGAACGGCAGUUGCGGAUCGCCGCUGUUUUGUGACAACCGUUAUUCUGAAUACUGAUUUCGCGUAA